AGGCCCCGCCCCGAGCUUUUCUUUCCGGGGGCGCCCUCUUGGGCAUGUGUGCCCACCCCUUGGCAUUCCCUUUUCAUUUUGGAGGCCGUCUCAAGGAUUUGAGGGACUGGGCAGCUUCUCCCAUGGCGAAAUUGAGACCCAGCAAGGGAAAAGGACUUAGGCCCACACAAGAUGGGGUCUUGCUAUGUUGUCCAGGCUGGAUUUGAACUCUUAGGCUCAAGUGAUCCUGCCACCUCAUUCUCUCAAGUAGCUAGGAUUAUAGAGAUGGAGUCUUACUCUGUCGCCAACGUGGAGUACAGGGGUAUGAUUGUAGCUUACUGCAGCCUCAAACUCCAGGGCUCAAGCUAUUCUUCCAUCUCAGCCUCCUGAGUAGCUGAUACUACAGAUGUGAGAGAUGUGAUAAUGGAUCAUCAUGUUACCACCAUUAAGCCCCGAAGAAUCCAAAACCAAAAUGUUAUUCAUCGUUUGGAACGCCGGCGGAUCAGUUCAGGCAAGGCAGGUACCCACUGGCACCAGGUCCGUGUGUUCCACCAGAAUGUCUUCCCCAACUUCACUGUUGUCAACGUUGAAAAGCCUCCUUGUUUCUUGCGCAAAUUCUCACCUGAUGGACGCUACUUUAUUGCUUUUUCUUCAGACCAGACAUCUCUUGAAAUCUAUGAGUACCAGGGCUGCCAGGCAGCAGAGGACCUACUGCAGGGGUACGAGGGGGAGAUCCUGUCCAAUGGCAAUGACCAGCGGUCAGUCAACAUCCGGGGCCGGCUCUUUGAACGAUUUUUUGUCUUGUUGCACAUUACCAACGUGGCAGCCAAUGGUGAGCACCUGAACCGGGAGUGUAGCCUCUUCACUGAUGACUGCCGGUGUGUUAUUGUGGGCUCAGCUGCCUACCUCCCAGAUGAACCUCACCCUCCUUUUUAUGAGGUAUAUCGAAAUAGUGAAUCAGUGACCCCUAACCCACGAUCCCCUCUAGAGGACUAUUCCCUCCACAUCAUUGACCUUCACACUGGCCGCUUAUGUGAUACCCGCACAUUCAAGUGUGAUAAAGUGGUUCUGUCACACAACCAAGGGCUCUACCUGUACAAAAAUAUCCUGGCCAUCUUGUCAGUGCAGCAGCAGACCAUCCAUGUCUUCCAGGUGACUCCUGAAGGCACCUUCAUCGAUGUGCGGACCAUUGGCCGCUUCUGCUAUGAGGAUGACCUGCUCACUGUGUCAGCUGUUUUUCCUGAGGUACAGCGGGACAGUCAGACAGGCAUGGCCAAUCCCUUUAGGGAUCCUUUCAUCAACUCACUCAAGCACCGGCUUCUAGUAUAUUUGUGGCGUCGGGCAGAACAGGAUGGUAGUGCAAUGGCUAAAAGGCGCUUCUUUCAAUAUUUUGACCAACUACGGCAGCUGCGCAUGUGGAAAAUGCAACUUCUGGAUGAAAACCAUCUGUUUAUCAAGUAUACUAGUGAGGACGUAGUAACACUACGGGUCACAGAUCCAUCACAGGCAUCUUUCUUUGUGGUUUACAAUAUGGUGACAACAGAGGUGAUUGCUGUGUUUGAGAAUACAUCAGAUGAGCUUUUGGAGCUCUUUGAGAACUUCUGUGACCUCUUCCGUAAUGCUACCCUGCACAGUGAAGUCCAGUUUCCUUGCUCAGCUUCUAGCAACAAUUUUGCAAGGCAGAUCCAGCGCCGGUUCAAAGACACUAUUAUAAAUGCCAAGUAUGGAGGGCACACAGAGGCGGUACGCAGGCUGCUGGGUCAGCUCCCCAUCAGUGCUCAGUCUUACAGUGGUAGCCCCUACCUGGAUUUGUCUCUCUUCAGCUAUGAUGACAAGUGGGUGUCUGUCAUGGAGCGGCCCAAGACUUGUGGAGAUCACCCUAUCAGGUUCUAUGCCCGGGACUCUGGCCUGCUCAAGUUUGAGAUCCAGGCAGGCUUACUGGGCCGCCCCAUCAACCACACAGUCCGCCGCCUUGUUGCCUUCACCUUUCACCCUUUUGAGCCUUUUGCUAUUUCUGUGCAGAGGACUAAUGCUGAGUAUGUUGUCAACUUCCAUAUGCGACACUGCUGCACAUAGGUGCCUCACCAAAGCCAGGUUUAAGACUUUACGCCCCCCUCCCUUUUUGAGGCAGAGUCUUGCUUUGUUGCCCUAGUUAUGAGAGUGCAGUGGUGUCAUCUUAGCUCACUGCAACCUCAAACUCCUGGGUGAAGUGAUCCUUCUGCCUCAGCCUCCCAAGUAGCUGGGAUUGUAGGCAUGUCUCCACGAUGCCUGGCUAAUUUUUAUAUUUUUAGAGUCUUGUUCUUGCUCAGGCUGGUCUGGAGCUCUUGAGCUCAAGCAGUCCACCUGCCUCAGCUUCCUAGAGUGCUAGGAUUACAGAUAUGUGCCACCACGCUGGGCCUUGUCCCCUUCUUAUCUCAGUGGACUCUAAAGCAAAAGCUUCUGACUGCCACUUUGUUGGUUUCAACCUGGUAUACCUCAAACAAGAGAGAGCCAGAGAAGGGAGAAAGGGCAGCUCAACCUAAUCGAUUUUUUUUUAUUGUAUACAGUGCUACUACUGAUCAAUUCAAAGGCCCUUUGCCUUUUCCCUAUGGGAAUGCCCAGCAUUAAUUAAGCCUGGUUCACUUUUGAUUUACUUUUCAUUUUAUUGCUAUGAAGAUGAAAGCAUUACACCUUUACACCCUUCAUGUCACUUCUUUGGCAUUAUGGUUUGCAGCCUGAAGCAGGUAAAUCUUGUUUACUCAUGAAAACAAUAUAUAUCCUUUCCACUUAGCCAAUAAGCAGGGCUGUCUUUAUAAGAAAAAAAAUAAUAAAGCCUUGGUAUUUUCUUACUUAAAUAUAUCUUGUUUGAUGACUGCCUUAUGUUUGUAUCACACCCAGUGCUCUUCAAGUACUUGGGUUCAAGAAAGGACUGUGAAAGAGAUGAGAGGCCAUGGAUAUAGCAGCUGCUCUUGGGAGAACUAAGUGGUGAGAGCCAGCAGGGAAGACAGUUAUCUGCCAGGAUUGUUUUCUUCCCUUGGGUUUUCUCCUGGUAAUUGUCACAGCUGGAGGAACUGGGCAUAAUUGUGCAUCCUCUUGUGGAAGCAUGCUCUCAUCUGUACCAUCUGUGUUGGGCAGGUGGAGAGUGAGCAGUUCCCGUUGGCCAUAGCAGAAACAAACACUGUGUAGCACGUACUGUAAUUUAGGUAGUGGGAGCUGGCAAGCUGCAGGUGUCCCUACAGAGACUAGACUGGCUGGUCCUGGAUGGCCAAGUCAUCAAAACCAUUCCACCAACACCUGCUAGCCCAGCCACAUCCUUCUGUCACAAUCUCAAGUUUUGCCAUACUGUUUAUGUCUCAUCUGCAUAACGUAUCCACCAGAAAUAUAGUAUAGUAGGCUUGUUCAGUAACAUCUCUUUGAAGGUAGCUUUGUUGAAAUGUUGAGUUCCAGGGCAGACUGUAAAAGGAGCCGAGGAUGCAGACAGUGGGUUCCUGCGUUCCCUCUGCCAUCCAGACGAACUUGCUAGGGAAUGUAAGGAAUGUGAAAUGAGAUGCUGAGCCCCACCCAAAACUGUUCAGCUAAUUUCAGCAUCUUCAAAGUGACCAGCUAAAUUUAGUCUUAUUCAGCAUUCAACCCACGUUUUGAACACCUGCUAUGAGUCAGGGUAGAUACUGUGUCAAGAUGCUAAGAGUGAGGAGAGAAAGAAACAGAUCAUUGUAAUUCAAUGUGGUAAAAGCUAUAAUAGUGUGUCUCUGGGGACAGUGGAGGGACAUGAAGAGAUGGGUGUACUGGAAAAGGAAGGGAUGCUGGCAUUGGAUAAAUAGGAGUAUGUUGUGUGAUCUAGGGUUGAAGACAUUUCAAGGAGAUUCCCAACGUGUGCAAAGGUACAGAAAUAUGAAGGGGUCUGUCAAGGUUGUAGAAUGGUAAAAAAGCUAAUAUGGCUAUAACAAGAGCUUGGGUGGAGGAGGGCAAACAGACUGAGGGGAUAUCAGGAAAAGAGGUCUUGCACAUGGUGCUAGGGUUUUGUGCAGUAGAAGGCAUAAUAUUUUCCAAAGGUAACUUUCAGCUACCUGGAAGAUGGCUUGAGAUGGAAGGAGAUUGAGAUUCGAGAGAGGGAGGCCGGAUGGGUCAAUGAUGAUCGUCUAAAGGAGAAUGGGAGGGCUUGAAUGCUGCCACUGGGCCUCUUGAAUUUUGUUCCUAAAGGUUUUAAGGCAGCUCUCAGUAAAUUCCAGUGGCUUCUUUUCAUCCGUGUGCAGUGGACUUCAAGAAUAUUCAGAGAACCAAGUUCUUUGGAACCAAAAUUUUAAGAAAAGCAGAGACAGACUUCAGGGAAUUGGUCUUUUGGGAUCCAGAUUCUUCCCUGAAGUGGACGAGGGAGUUUGGUAAGUUCCCACCUAUUGGAUACAAUGUGGGGGUAUGUGGCACACUUCUUGGGUGAAGGACUCAACUGUAACUUGGACUUCACUUUAAAUGCAAAAAAUGUGACCUAAUUGUAUGUAUCUGCAUAUGAAUCCAAAAAUAAAUAAAUAAAAUGUAAGUGAUUUAAAAAUGGCUUGGUGCCCAUUGCUAAGUGGUUAGGGCACUGGCCACAUACACCAAGGCAGGCAGUUUCGAAUCCAGCCUGGGCUUGCUAAACAACAGUGCAACAA